CGCGCUGUCCCCGUCGGCCCGGCGAGGUUCCCGUUCGAGCGCGGCCGGCCCCAGGCUCUCGGCGAGCGCGGCGCGGUAACAAGUGGGCGAGGAUGCCGUACGAGAUCAAGAAGGUGUUCGCCAGCCUCCCCCAGGUGGAGAGGGGCGUCUCCAAGAUCCUCGGCGGCGACCCCAAAGGCAGUAAUUUCCUGUAUACCAAUGGCAAGUGCGUCAUCCUAAGGAACAUCGACAAUCCUGCCAUUGCUGACAUCUACACAGAGCAUGCCCAUCAGGUGGUGGUGGCCAAGUAUGCGCCCAGCGGAUUCUAUGUCGCCUCUGGAGAUGUCUCUGGGAAGCUGAGGAUUUGGGAUACCACACAGAAGGAGCACCUUUUAAAAUAUGAGUACCAGCCUUUUGCUGGGAAAAUCAAGGACAUUGCCUGGACUGAAGACAGUAAGAGGAUCGCUGUGGUCGGGGAAGGAAGGGAGAAGUUUGGAGCUGUCUUCUUGUGGGACAGUGGUUCCUCUGUGGGCGAGAUCACAGGACACAACAAGGUCAUCAACAGUGUGGACAUCAAGCAGAGCAGGCCCUACCGUCUGGCAACAGGGAGCGAUGAUAACUGUGCUGCUUUCUUCGAGGGGCCCCCAUUCAAGUUCAAGUUUACAAUUGGUGAUCACAGCCGCUUUGUCAACUGUGUGCGGUUCUCUCCUGAUGGGAACAGAUUUGCCACAGCAAGUGCUGAUGGCCAGAUAUACAUCUAUGAUGGGAAGACAGGAGAGAAAGUAUGUGCACUCGGAGGAAGCAAAGCCCAUGAUGGAGGAAUUUAUGCUAUUAGUUGGAGUCCUGACAGCACCCAUUUGCUUUCUGCUUCUGGAGACAAAACCUCUAAGAUUUGGGAUGUCAAUGUGAACUCCAUCAUCAGCACGUUUCCCAUGGGUUCCAGUGUUCUGGACCAGCAGCUGGGCUGCCUGUGGCAGAAGGACCACCUCCUCAGCAUCUCCCUGUCUGGAUACAUUAACUACUUAGACAAGAACAACCCCAGCAAGCCCCUGCAGGUCAUCAAGGGUCACAGUAAAUCUAUUCAGUGUCUGACGGUGCACAGAAAUGACGGCAAGUCCUACAUCUACUCUGGGAGUCAUGAUGGGCAUAUUAAUUACUGGGAUUCAGACACAGGGGAAAAUGACUCCUUCACUGGGAAGGGCCACACGAAUCAGGUGUCCAGGAUGACUGUGGACGAAUCUGGGCAACUGGUUAGCUGUAGCAUGGAUGAUACCGUGCGGUACACCAACCUCAAGCUGAGGGACUACAGUGGACAAGGAGUUGUGAAACUGGAUGUUCAACCGAAGUGCGUGGCUGUUGGUCCUGGCGGUUACACUGUGGUAGUGUGCAUCGGGCAGGUCGUCCUCCUGAAGGACCAGAAGAAAUGUUUCAGCAUUGACAACCCUGGUUAUGAGCCCGAAGUUGUGGCAGUGCACCCUGGGGGAGACACAGUGGCUAUUGGAGGCUCCGAUGGCAAUGUACGGGUGUACUCCAUCCUGGGCACCACGCUGAAGGAUGAGGGCAAGCUGCUAGAGGCCAAAGGUCCUGUGACAGACCUAGCCUUUUCCAAUGAUGGCGCCUUCCUCGCCGUGUGUGAUGCCAGCAAGGUGGUCACGGUGUUCAGCGUGGCUGACGGCUACUCGGAGAACAAUGUAUUUUAUGGACACCAUGCUAAGAUCGUGUGCCUGGCCUGGUCACCAGACAAUGAACACUUUGCCUCUGGUGGCAUGGACAUGAUGGUGUAUGUUUGGACCCUGAGUGACCCCGAGACCAAAGUCAAGAUCCAAGAUGCUCACCGGCUGCACCACGUCAGCAGCCUGGCCUGGCUGGAUGAGCACACAUUGGUCACCACCUCCCAUGAUGCCUCUGUGAAGGAGUGGACAAUCACCUACUGAAGACACCUGCCACUCCACAGACCAAAUCAGGGACUAGAGUUCAACUGCCGCGGAACAUCUUUUCUCUAACUAUUCCUGUACUGUGCCCCUUGCUCACCCCAGGAGGGAGCAGGGCCUAUGACUACCCUUGCCUCUGCAGGGUGUUCUUGUCUGUAUGCGUCCUUCUGAAAGCUUUAGACAGUAACAGUUUGCACAAGAAAAAUAAAGCAAGCACUUAAACAACGUGUGGAGCGUAACUAAAAACCCACAGCUCACCAGACCUUGAGAGUGUAGAACAUUCCAGAGGCAGCAGCCUCAAAGCACAGAGGCCCCAGCCCCUCCCCCAUGCCUUUUACUGUGUGAGGAGGCUGUUGGGAAGUGGGCCAUGUCCCCCUUUCCUCAUGCAGGAUGCCUCUGCACUGGAGAGCAGGGUCCGCAUUACAGACCACCAUGUCAGCAUUGUGCAGAGCAGGUGCCUCUUCCUCGGUGAAUCGGUGACAUGGCUGCCUCUGGGGAGUCACCCUUGGGUCACACAGGAACAUGUAAACCUUAAUGUAUCUCAUUGUCGAAUUUUGUGCUUGGUUUUAAGAAUAGAAUCAUGGGUGGUUGGUUUUUCUUUUUUCUUUUUUAAUGUAUCUUAAGUGUUAUCUGUCAUGUUCCUGAGCUGGCACAUGGACAGCACCAUGUCCAGGUGUGUAGAGCCUUGUUAGCCACACUGAGGUGUCCUGGUCACAAUCCUCAUGCUUCAAUGUUUUCCUGUCUCUCUCCUUGGGCCUCAAGAGCAAAGAUAAUGGGCAAAGAUAAUGUCACUGUAACUUGUCAUCUUUUUGACCUUUCAGUGCAGAAAUUAAAAGUAUAAAGCACGGUGA